UGUUUAUGGUGGAUGGUGAAUUUACUAUGGGAAUGGAAUUUAGUUCCAGAGAAGCAAUCAUUGCGGCGAUGAAAGAUUAUAACAUCCGUAAAGGUGUAGACUAUCGGGUGUAUGAGUCGGAACCGUUGACAUUUUAUGCCAAGUGUACACAAUAUGGGUCAGGUUGUGACUGGCUGAUUAGGGUUAGCAUGAUUCGCAGAAAGUAUUGUUGGGUUAUAAGGAGGUAUAAUGGUAGUCACACUUGUACCAGAGCCACCAUUUCUCAAGACCAUUCGAAACUGGAUUCUAACACAAUUGCAGAAGCAAUAAAGCCGUUGGUAGAGAGUGACCCCUCUUUGAAGGUGAAAUCAGUUAUUGCGGAAGUACAGUCGAAGUUCAACUACACAAUCAGUUAUCGCAAAGCAUGGUUGGCAAAACAAAAAGCGAUAGAGAAAAUAUUUGGAGGUUGGGAAUCAUCGUACGAAACUUUGCCGAUAUGGUUUGAGGCCAUGUAUCACAAGGAGCCAUCAGCUGUUGUCCACUUUGAAACUAUGCCUGUAUAUCAGGGUGAUGACUUGGUUACUGAUAUCCGAGUAUUACAACGAGUCUUCUGGAGUUAUUACCCUUGUAUUAGAGCAUUCAGACAUUGCAAACCAGUUGUCCAGAUAGAUGGGACACAUUUAUAUGGAAAGUAUAAGGGUAGUCUGUUAGUUGCAGUUUCACAGGAUGGUAACAACAAUAUUGUGCCUAUUGCAUUUGCGAUCGUGGAGGGAGAGACUUCUGACGCGUGGCACUUUUUUCUCAAUAACUUGCGACAACAUGUGGUGACUCGGGAUGGUGUCGGACUUAUUUCUGACAGACACGAUUCCAUCAGUUCAGCUAUUUCCCGUAGUAACGGAGCUUGGUCCCCUCCUAGAGCCUUUCACAUGUUCUGCAUCAAACAUAUAGAGUCAAACUUCUUGAGGAAGUUCAAGGCACCCUACUUGCAAAAACUCAUCGUCAACAUAGGAUAUUCGAGGACGGUACGCGAAUACGAGUUACAUUACCAGCGUUUACAAGAAAGGGGUGAGGCUUACACCCAAUGGUUAAACUGUAUUCCACGUGAACAGUAUGCGUUGGCAUUUGACGGUGGUUACCGAUGGGGUCAUAUGACCACGAACCUGAUGGAGUAUAUCAAUUCAGUCUUCAAAGGUGCUUGCAAUCUCCCUGUGACUACACUAGUAAAGGAAACCUUUUACAAGCUUAAUGAGUUAUUUACCAGGAAAAGAACUGAGGCUGAGGAUCGCAUUAAUGCUGGUCAUAUUUUUUCUGAGCAUGUGACAUCAAAAUUGCAUGCAAACCAACGUGCAUCAGGGAAUAUCCAGGUUAAUUGUUUUGACAGGCAGAGCCAGGUAUUUGAAGUGCGUGAGAUGCCUAAUGGGGUGGAGUACAAUGUUGACUUAGGUCGUCAAUGGUGUGACUGCGGCGAAUUUCAAGUGGACCGAAUUCCAUGUCGACAUGUAUUUGCUUGUUGUGCGAACCGACGACUAGAUUGGCAAGUGUAUGUUCAUGAAGUUUAUAAGAUGGACCAAGUUCGAAGAGCAUACAGAGCUAGGUUUAGGCCUCUAGGAGAUCCCGCAACAUGGCCUGCUUACCAUGGACCUCGAUUUGUACCAAAUCCAUUCCUCAGACGAGUUACAAAAGGUUGUCCAAAAAUGACACGCUUCUUGAAUGAAAUGAAUACUCAAAUGUUGCGUGCUCCUAGGCGUUGUAGACAAUGUGGUGGUGAGGGACACAGUCGUAGUAGAUACCGCUAACGCGAAGAUACCAGUGUCGGUCCUGCUAGGCAGUAGACUUAUGUUAUAUUUGCAUUAUGUCAUUUGUAUUUUUAUAUUUGUAUCAACAACUACUCUAAUAUUUGUAUAUUUGCAUAUUUCAUUCAGCAGCUACUCUACUACAUUUGUAUCUUUAUAUUUGCAUCAGCAAGUACUAUAUCACAAAUCCAUUAUCAUAAUACAUCAGCAAGUAAAGUAUUGCAUUUGAAAUUUUAAAUCCAAAUAAACAAGUAAUCUACUA